UGGCAGAGUGGCAGAGUGGCAGAGUGGCAGAGUGGCAGAGUGGCAGAGUGGCAGAGUGGCAGAGUGGCAGAGUGGCAGAGUGGCAGAGUGGCGGACUGGCAGAGUGGCAGAGUAGCAGAGUGGCAGAGUGGCAGAGUGGCAGAGUGGCAGAGUGGCAGAGUGGCGGAGUGGCGGAGUGGCGGAGUGGCAGGUGUACGGUAG